AUGCGACAGGGCGGGGCGCGCCAGGCUGUUAACGGUGUCUGGGCCGCGGGGCUGCGGCGAGGCCGGCGCCAGGGCCGCGCCUGGAACCAGAUGUGGCGGCGCCGCCCUGGCCGCCCCGGCGGUUCGCACGCUUGGCCUGGCGCGCACAUGGUCUGGUUCCAGAACCGCCGUGCCAAGUUUCGCCGGAAUGAACGUGCCAUGCUGGCUACCCGCUCUGCCUCGUUGCUCAAGUCUUAUGGCCAGGAGGCGGCCAUUGAGCAGCCUGUGGCCCCCCGACCUACCACACUAAGUCCAGAUUAUCUAUCCUGGCCGGCAUCCUCCCCCUACAGCUCCGUGCCUCCCUACAGCCCCGGAGGUUCAGGUCCUGCAACUCCUGGAGUCAACAUGGCCAACAGCAUCGCCAGCCUUCGCCUCAAGGCGAAAGAGUUCAGCCUACACCACAGCCAGGUGCCCACAGUGAACUGACUGUGCAUUGGGCCCAGCUUCCUCCCUGGCCCGAUGGCAGACCGCAGCAAAGGAAGUAGCCUUGUCUGUCCCUGUCCUCAGACAAACUGGGCAGCCUCUCCCGUGCCUUUUCUCCAUCACAGCUUCCUGAGUUCCAGAGGCCUGUUGGGUGCUGGAAGCAGUUGAACAGGUCACUGCUAUGGUGGCUGAGAUUGUGGCCUAAGGCCCCUGGAGUGGCCUGGCCAGAAGGCGGAGCUGGAGUCCGCCAAGGA